AUGACCUGCUUUGGACUCUGCGACUCGGACCGCGAUGAAUCUGAGCGCGAGCCGCUUCUUCCUCGGUACAAUGAUGCAACAGCACGCCAGGCCGCGCUUCAUGAGAAGCUGCACACUUACCAGAUGCUCCUGGCCAUGUCCAGGGGAUACAUGCCAUCCAACAAGCAGGUCAUCGUUCAUGUACGGACUCUUCUGGGUGCGAGGCUGUUGAAUCCAUCCGAGAGAAGCGAGCUGAGCAAUUCAGGCCGUGCACUCGUGCGGACAACCAGGAUAUGGCUCCAACAGUUCAUAGACUUGCUGGAGAGCAAGAACUCGCAGGAUCAAAUCCAAGACUUUAUCUGGUAUCUGUGCAAGGCCAACUUUGGCGUCGACACAUCCACCGUCACAAAGAGCAUCAAGAAGGGUAAAGCCAAAGCCGAUAUCAACGCAACUUACGAGAGCUUGCGGACCGUCUUGUCGCUAGCGCUGCUGAACAAGGACUUUCGCGUCUUCUUGGCAGACGUGGCCACAAUUGCGAGACAAGUUCUCCGAGACACUGCUCUUGCCUUGGGCGACGUUUCGAAAGAGGCCGGUGAAAGGCUCGAUUCUUCAUCCAAGGACAUCGAGGCUUUAAAGGAGACUGACAGAAAAGGCCAAGCCCCCGUAUCUGUGGAUGAUGUCAAGAAAACGGGCUCCGAGGCAGCGGAAGCUGUACUGGAGGAAGCCGUCUAUGUCGGAGAAGAGUCCUACACGAGCUUCAAGGAGCACAUGACUCCCGAAUCACGCAAAAUUUUAAUCAAUCGUCUGAAAAGCGCCGUGAGCAAUCUGAGACAACGCCCAGACUAUUCAGAGUCGGUGACCACACUUUCGAGCCUCCUCCAGCGUUACCUUCGAAUAUAUCUCGCCAUCGGCUCGGAAACAGCACAAGCCAUUGAAAAUAACGUACAUCUAGAUGAACAAGCCCAUCAAGCAGCGCGCAACUUCUGGCUGUUUAUCUCGUCGUUUGGCGACAAGGAAAAGUGGGACGCCGUGCAUCAAGCAUUCAAAAAAUUUAUCGACAAUCACAAAUUGGACGAGCAUCUGCAGGAAUUCGUAGGAGAGUUCGCGACGCUGGUCCGGCAAAUGCUGUCGGAUCCUGAGUUCUUUGAUAACAUAGAACAACGCCUUGACGAGCUACGUGAGAGGCUGAACCAGCUUACGUCUAGCUCGUCAAUGGGGGACGACGCAAGCGACGUGUUGACUUCACUCCAGCAAGCCCUUCGCGCAGCUGCAGAGGAUAAGGCUGUCAGCAAUCUGGCGUCCACCACGCUGCGGCUUAUACAUAUCCUUUCACCAGCGGGAAAAGUCUGGAACCCGGACCUCGUAAGUGACUGCACCAACAUUUUCGUGCCAACAAUGAUUCAAUCAAUCCAAUACAUACCCAUUCCACGACUGGAACUAUCGACGCCAGAUAUAGAUCUCUUGCUGGAGAACGUCAUACUGCAACCGGGAAAAACCGUGAGCCACAGUUCUUUUUUCCCUUACAAGUUGCAAGUGUCUACUCGCAACGACGUUGACAUCACCAAAGCCCCGUUUGGAACGAAGUCGACUGUGAGGUCUCUGGCAACGGUCAAGAUUGCCGGCAUCUCCAUCGCAGCAGACGACUUGGGCUACUGGAUGCGCGUACACUCUGGGCUGCUGUGGAUGGUGGACGAAGGAAUCGGCAGCUUCCACCUGGAUGAACGCGGCAUCGACAUUACGCUUGAUGUGGAAUUGGGAAGGGAACGGCUUGAACAGCUCGUCACUCUGCGGAGGGUACAUGUUCGAAUCCACCAUCUCGACUACUCGCUGAGCCAAUCCAAGUACUCGUGCUUGGCAUGGUUCUUCAAGCCCAUCAUAAGGCCAAUCAUCCGAAAGACGCUAGAGGCUCGGAUCUCGUCGGCCAUCGAGGAUGGGAUGCGAAGCUUGAACCGGGAGUUUGUCUUUGCACGCGAGCGACUUCGUGCCACUCGAAUCUGCAACCCGAACGACGUGUGGACAUUUGUGCGUGCCGUUGCGGCGCGUCUUGUACCCAGCACCGACCCAGAUGUUUACGCCCGCGUCGGGGCCAAGCCAGGAGGGGGCGUUUUCCGAGGGCGUUACGCGCCAGGGAGCUUGGUCAAGCUGUGGGAAGAAGAAGGACGGGAUGCAGAGCAGAACGUGUUCGAGUAUAGACGAGACAGGUGGCGGAAUGAUAUCUUUGAGGUUCAGACCGUGCCGGCUAUGUAA